AUGGUUGGUCAUGCACAGCCUCUGAAAUUCCCAAUUCAAAGAAAUCUCCAUAUUCUGAACAUCGUGUCAUUUCUCGGAUUUCCGAGCUUCAGUUCGGAUGAGAUGGCCUCUUCACAGAAUGUGGAAUUGGAGGCUGCAAAAUUUCUGCAUAAACUCAUUCAAGAUUCUAAAGAUGAGCCAGCCAAGCUGGCUACUAAACUCUACGUGAUACUACAACACAUGAAAUCUAGUGGGAAGGAGCAUUCAAUGCCAUAUCAAGUGAUAUCAAGGGCAAUGGAGACUGUCAUCAAUCAACAUGGUCUUGAUAUUGAAGCAUUGAAGUCAUCUCGUCUUCCGUUGACUGGUGGUCCUCAAAUUGGAUCUUCUUCGCAGCCAGUGAAUGUUACAAAAGAUUCUAGAGGGGGCCUUGUGGAAAAUGAGGUGUCCAAAAUGGACCCUUAUGCUUCUGGUCGGCCACCGGUUGCGCCAAGUGGUGGAGCACCUGAUUAUUAUCAAGGAUCUGUGGCUCAGAGGAGUAGCCAGUCUUUUGAUCAAGGAAGUCCAUCUAGUUUGGAUUCUAGGUCUGCUAAUUCACAGUCUCAAGACAGACGUGAUACUGCUAACUGGGACAAACAGUCAAAUCAAAAGGAUGGUAAGAAAGCUACGACAAAAAGAAAGAGGGCAGAUACAUCAUCCCCUGUGGAAUUGCACGUUGACAGUCCUCAGCUGGAUCCUCGCAAUACUGGUGUUAGUGCAAGGAAGGGGAAAAUGACCAAGGCUGAAUCGUCGGAUGGUCUUCCAGUUAAAAGCGGGGAACUAACCAACUUUAAUAUGGCUCCAAAUAGUGGUCAAAUGGAGAAUGUUUCAACUUUGCCUGGUAGCAUGAGAACAAUGCUUAGAGCAAACCAAGAAGGUCAUCAUUUAUUGGCAAAGCAAACUGAUUUGACAAAGAUUGGCAAUCCAAUGGUGCGAGCACCUAAUUCGAAGUAUGCUGAAGACUCGGAAGUUUCCUCUGCACAUAUUGCUUCAGGAAAGCAGCCAGGUGCUUAUGCAAAGGUUCAUGGAGGGAUGGGAUUUCCAGCUAGUGCAUCUUCAAUGGCCGAAGCUUUCUCAAAUUCAAUGCAGUAUGGUGGUGCAGUUGAGCAUGAUGGGGGUAGUUCUACUAAUUUAGCUGAUGGACAUAAAAUUUCUCAGGUUGGCAGGCAAAAUAGUGGCUCUGAAAUGACUAUGCUUAGACAAGGUGUUCCUCCAAGAGACACUGGAAAAUCCACUGUUCCUGUCAUGCCUUUCAAAGAACAACAGUUAAAACAGCUUCGUGCUCAGUGCCUUGUUUUUCUUGCAUUUAGGAAUGGCCUGGCACCAAAGAAACUACAUCUUGAAAUUGCGCUUGGAACAGCCUUUUCUAGAGAAGAUGGUUCUCGCAAAGAUCUAAUUGACCACAAGGGAAAAUCACAAUCUUUUAAUGAAUCAAAUAAUGCCUCUGGGGUCAUGAUGCCAUUCGGAGGCCCAAGCAAUGUGAGACUGACAGAUAAAAACCCUUCAGGUUCCUCUUCAGCUGGUAAAAUUGUUGAGGCUGACUCUUUGUCAAAGGGAACGGAGAGCCCAAGAACGAUGGAGGACAAAGGUAAUCUACAUGUCACAAAAAGAGAUGUAGAAAGGCGGAUCCAAGAAAGAGUGACCACACAGGCUUCCUCAGUCACUUCAUGUCAGCAGCAAGAUUCUUCUUGUACAAGAGGAGCUGUAGUUGGUAAUCAUUUUGAUGAUGUUGACACCAGUAAUAUGCCAGUAGGAAGAUCUAACCAAUCAUCUGUUGUUGGUCCAAAUAGCUGGACUGGUUUUUCUGGUGCUAAUGAGGCUUCAAAGGGACCUCCACAGAUCUCUACUAUUCAACAUGAGUUGCCUAUAGAAAGAAGAGAGAAUAUUCCUUGUCAGUUUCAAAAUGUUGGUAACAAUUGUGGUUCGCGGAAUCACAAUCUGUCUUCUUUUUCCUUGAAAGAGCAAUGGAAAUCUGUUCCAGGGACCGAAAGUGAUCCCCAUGGAGCAACCAUGAUGAAGGAUGGAAAUGUGAUGAUAAAACAUGUUUCUCCAGAGCAAGAUGGGAAUGAGAGGUUGGUAUCAGGCGAUUUGCCAUCUUCUCCAAAAUAUACAAUGUCAGAGAGAUGGAUCAUGGAUCAGCAGAGAAAGAGGCUUCUAGUUGAGCAAAAGUGGGUACAAAAACAGCAUAAAACAAAGCAAAGAAUGGCUACUAGUUUUCACAAGUUAAAGGAAAAUGUGAGCUCCUCUGAAGAUAUUUCUGCUAAAACCAAAAGUGUCAUAGAGUUAAAAAAACUUCAACUAUUAGAGCUCCAACGACGUCUCCGGAGUGAUUUUCUGAACGAUUUUUUCAAACCAAUUACAACCGAGAUGGAUCAUUUAAAAUCAAUUAAGAAACAUAGGCAUGGUAGAAGGGUCAAACCUGAAAGGUUUGAGCAGAAAAUGAAGGAAGAGCGUCAGAAACGGAUUCGUGAGAGGCAGAAGGAGUUUUUCAGUGAGAUAGAGGUUCACAAGGAAAAGCUUGAUGAUGUAUUCAAAAUCAAGAGGGAACGGUGGAAAGGUUUCAAUAGAUACGUGAAGGAGUUCCAUAAAAGAAAAGAACGCAUUCAUCGUGAAAAAAUUGAUAGAAUCCAGCGGGAAAAGAUUAAUUUACUGAAAAUAAAUGAUGUGGAGGGAUAUCUUCGUAUGGUGCAGGAUGCGAAAUCAGAUCGUGUAAAGCAACUACUUAAAGAGACUGAGAAGUAUCUUCAAAAGCUUGGGUCCAAGCUACAGGAAGCAAAGGCUGCUGCUGGGCGUUUAGGACAGGAGGUUGAUGAUACAGGUCAUGUCAGUUUUCUUGAGAAUAGUGAAACAGAAAACGAGGAUGAAAGUGACCAGGCAAAGCAUUAUAUGGAAAGUAAUGAGAAGUAUUAUAAGAUGGCUCACAGUAUAAAGGAGAGCAUUGCAGAACAGCCAUCUAGUUUGCAAGGAGGGAAAUUGAGGGAAUAUCAAAUGAAUGGCUUGAGGUGGCUGGUUUCCCUAUACAACAAUCAUUUGAAUGGAAUUCUUGCUGAUGAAAUGGGACUGGGUAAAACAGUACAGGUUAUUUCUUUAAUUUGCUAUCUGAUGGAAACAAAAAGUGAUAGAGGACCAUUUCUCGUGGUUGUGCCCUCUUCGGUUCUUCCUGGUUGGGACUCAGAAAUAAACUUCUGGGCUCCUGGUGUUCAUAAAAUUGUCUAUGCUGGACCGCCGGAGGAGAGACGUCGAUUAUUCAAGGAAAGGAUAGUUCACCAGAAAUUCAAUGUUCUUUUGACUACGUAUGAAUAUUUGAUGAAUAAGCAUGAUAGACCAAAGCUGAGCAAAAUACAUUGGCAUUAUAUAAUAAUUGAUGAAGGCCAUCGCAUAAAGAAUGCUUCUUGCAAGUUGAAUGCCGACUUGAAACACUAUCAGAGCUCUCACAGAUUGCUAUUAACUGGAACUCCUUUGCAGAACAAUCUUGAAGAGCUAUGGGCACUACUUAAUUUCUUGUUACCUAACAUAUUCAAUUCAUCGGAGGACUUCUCUCAAUGGUUUAAUAAGCCAUUUGAGAGUGCUGGAGAUAGCUCACCGGAUGAAGCUCUAUUAUCCGAGGAGGAAAAUCUCUUGAUCAUAAAUCGUCUGCACCAAGUUUUGAGACCCUUUGUACUCAGGAGAUUGAAACACAAGGUUGAAAACGAGCUCCCUGAGAAGAUCGAGAGACUAAUAAGAUGUGAGGCUUCUUCAUAUCAAAAGCUUUUGAUGAAGAGGGUGGAAGAAAAUCUUGGUUCUAUUGGCUCUUCAAGGGCUCGAUCAGUACACAACUCUGUCAUGGAGCUUCGAAAUAUAUGCAAUCAUCCAUAUCUCAGCCAGCUUCAUGCGGAGGAGGUGGAUAACUUCAUACCUAAACAUUAUCUGCCACCAAUUAUUCGACUGUGUGGGAAGCUUGAAAUGUUGGACCGUUUAUUGCCUAAAUUAAAGGCUACAGAUCAUCGGGUUCUUUUCUUUUCAACAAUGACCAGGCUGCUGGAUGUUAUGGAGGAGUACCUAACCUUGAAGCAGUAUCGGUACCUUCGGUUGGAUGGACAUACAUCAGGAGGUGAUCGCGGUGCUCUGAUUGAACUAUUUAACCAACCUGAUUCUCCAUAUUUUAUUUUCUUGCUCAGCAUUCGAGCUGGUGGCGUUGGAGUGAAUCUUCAAGCCGCUGACACAGUGAUCUUAUUUGACACUGACUGGAAUCCCCAGGUUGAUCUUCAAGCCCAAGCUAGGGCUCAUCGAAUUGGUCAAAAGAGGGAUGUUCUUGUUCUUCGGUUUGAAACUGUUCAAACUGUUGAAGAACAAGUCAGAGCUUCAGCUGAGCACAAACUUGGUGUUGCUAAUCAGAGCAUUACUGCUGGUUUUUUUGAUAAUAAUACAAGUGCUGAAGAUCGAAGAGAAUACUUAGAAGCACUCCUACGUGAGUGUAAGAAAGAAGAAGCUGCACCUGUUUUGGAUGAUGAUGCUCUAAAUGAUGUCUUAGCCCGCAGCGAAACAGAGUUAGAUAUAUUUGAGGCCGUUGACAAAAAAAGGAAGGAAGAUGAGCUGGCUACAUGGAACAAAUUGGUGCAUGGACAGACAGCUGAUGGAUCUGAUCUUAUUCCUCCACCUCCUGCUCGUCUGGUUACUGAUGAAGAUCUGAAACAGUUCUAUGAAGCAAUGAAGAUAUCUGACGUGCCUAAGGUUGUGGUAGAAUCUAGUGGAGUAAAGCGAAAGGGUGGAUAUCUUGGAGGCCUUGAUACUCAACAAUAUGGCAGGGGAAAGCGUGCAAGAGAGGUACGUUCCUAUGAAGAGCAAUGGACAGAGGAAGAGUUUGAAAAGAUGUGUCAAGUUGAAGCUCCAGAUUCACCCAAAGUAAAAGAAGUGGCAGAAAUGAGUUAUCCGACAAAUACAUCCAGCUCUGUUGUAUCUACUUCCAACCCCCAACCUGUGGUGGCCGUGUCUCCAGUGGCCCCAACAUUGCCAUCUGUGGAGAGUUUGCCUGUACAGCAAGCUAAAGAGAUAACUCCCCCAGCCAAACGUGGUCGUGGAAGACCGAAAAGAAUAACAUCUGAUAAGUCCCCAGCUGUGAUGGGCCCUCCAGUAACUUCUGGAACUGUCGAAGUAGACACACAGUUACAAAAGGGAUCUGGGUCUGGACACUUGGCAUCAUCAGCUGCUGAUUCUGUUUCUCAUUCUGCUGAAGUUACAAGUGUGAAUGCACCCGUGCAGCAGUCUGAUACAGGAGUAUCUCCUAAUGCACAUCCUGCCAUUCCUGUGCCCACUAUUCCACCAAAUUCUCAGGUAGCUGCUGUUCCUGUUUCUGUAUCUACUCAAGCAAGAGGAGCAGGGCGGAAAAAUAAUGGUAGUGAAGGGACUAGACGUAGAGGAAAGAAGCAGGUCAUGGUUCCACCUCCUGUCCCGGGUGGUUCUGUUGGUCCUGAUGUAAAGGUGAAUGAGAAAUUGGAUAAUAAAUUGGUGAGUCCUUCUUCUGGUCAAGCUAUCUCCCAGAGUGAAGUUGUUCCCAGUUUGGCCCCAGUAGCCUAUCCAUCUUCUGCUGCUGGGACUGUUUUGAAUUCUCAGGCACCCAAUCCCUUACCCUCUAAUACAACGUUGGUUCAAACGAUAGCCACUAAUCCAUCUGAACAGAUGCCAAUUAAAGGACAAAAUCAGAAGUCGCAAACUGGAGUUUCACGUCGUAGGGGGAAGAAACAGGCACCAAUGUUGGCUCCAGUUCCAGAUGUUUUACAUCAGGAUUCACAUCAAACUAAUUUACCUAUAUCAUCAGGGAGUGCUGUAGGUGAAAAAGCGACUGAAUUAAAGAGCUUGCAAGUGAACAAUGUUCUACAAUCAAAAUGUGUUGUCCAGGACCAAGCAUCACAGAACCUAGGUGAUCAGGAUUUAAAAUCAUUGGAAGGAUCAGAUGAUUCAGCUAAACAGACAGUGAUGACGUCUUCAUGUCAAGAUAGUAUGAUCAAAUCUCCAGGGAAUGAUCUUGAGAAGGUUAAGAAUCCUAAUGUGCAUGAUGCUUCUGUAAAGAUUGUUAAAUCUUCUGAAAUAACCUCGUCAAAGGUUGAUGAAGUUUGCAAUAACACACGCAGUGAAACUUCAGUUCUCACAACAGUGCCUGAGGUGACAAAAGAUCAGCUUUCGGGUGGCAAAACCCAUACCCAAACCGUUGAAACCACAAAAAGCAUCCCGUCAGUUAUUGAUACUCCAACUAAUACUGAUGCCAUCAAUAAGUCUGUAGAUCCUGUGAAUCCAAAGAUUGUUCCCAGUACAUUAAGCACUAUUAAUCCUUCUACUCUGGCCUCUGAAUCUACUCUUUCAGGCUCAAUUGAAUCCAUGCCUUCCAGAAGGCAAGGUCGGAAAACUCAAAAUAGAGCAGAGCCACCAAGACGAAGGGGUAAAAAAUCAGCUUCAGUGUUACCUGUUGUUCCUGAUGCAGUUACGGGUCAGGAUCCCAAGUUAAGUCAUCAUGCACAGAAUUCAUCAGGGGAUUCAUUGCAAGGUAAAGCCACUGCCAAUAUCAAUCAAUCCCAAUCAUUUGAGAUCCUUUUACCCAGUGGAGUAGUGAGUCAUGAUUCAAAAAGAAAAGAUAGAACAACCAAUUCUACCCAAAAUAAGCAACUGAAAGUUACAAGGAUUGAUAGUGCACCUAUCUCUACGGAUAAGAUUUCUGUGCAUGAUGUUGCUAGGGUAAUGAAGGAAGUUUUCUCUGGAACUUGCUUACCAAAGCCCAAAGCUCAUGAUUCCGCCGGGAGUGAGGAUAAGAAUUCAACUGUUGGACAUGUAAUGACUAAAGCUGCAGUAUAUGGCUCCAAUAACCAGACUUUGGAGGAUAAAGCACGUUCUGAUAUAACAACUAGUGGUGCAGCAUGUCUAACUUCGGAUGCUGGGUUGAAUGUUCAUGAAAAACAAUCAGAACCGGCAUCCAUUAUGCCAAAUUUGGAGGGUAAAGCUGAUUUAGAUAUGCCAACUACCGGAGAACAUAGCGUGCUAUCAGAUGUUAAAGAAAAGGCUGAACAGACUCAACAUUGUGUUGAAAACUCAAUCACAGAGUGUAAAAUAGCUCUUGAUACAACUGUCGGUGCUGUCGAAAAGACUGGUGGUUCUUCUGAUAGACUUCCUACCAGUGAUUUAAGUAUAGAUUCGAGUAGCCAUCAGAUAUGUUCAUCUUCUGGGGCUGGAUCUCUUGUGGUAAUUGAUCAUAAACUUGGAAACCAAUCUGAUAUUUCUGAGGAGUGUUUAAGACCUUCUGCAAUUGAUAGUGGCACAGGAUGCACGCUAAUUCCAUUGGAACCCACAACUUCUAGUAAUAAUCCUGAAUCUACUCAGACUGAUAUUGCAGAACAAACAAACAAACCUCUGGAUAUCGCAGAACAAAUUUCUACUGAAAAACUGGAUCCUUCAGAACCAUCUUUGGCAUCGUCUCUUGCUUAUGUUGACAGCUCUGGGUUAUUGGUUCAGACUGAAAAUUUAGGUGAUCAACCACAAGUGACCUCAUCUAGUCCUGCAACUGAUCCUCCUCCAAGUGCAGUGAUAGUUUCUAUUGUUUCGAAACAAAAUGAAGUUAAAAAUGAAACCGAGUUUGCCUCAAAAGCUUCUGCUGAACUCUCCUCUGAUGAGGGGAUUGUGGGGUGUAACAUUCCAGAUUCAGAGUUGUUGAAACCUGAGAAUCCGAUUACAAUUGAACAUGAUUCUCAAAAGCCAUUGGACCCCCCUGUGAAGCAGUGUUCAGAAUCAGCUUCUGAAAUGGAAGAUCCUGUGGGUGCUAAGGCUGUUAAAGUUGAGAAACAUCUAGAUGCUCUAGAACCUGAUUUGGAUGGUACUCCGUUGAUCGAGAGUUGUUCAAAACCUCUAUCUGAAGAAAAAAAGGAUGUGAAUUUCAUAUGCGAACAGCUUCAGUCUUGUGUUACUAAAUCGAUAAAUAUUGACCCUGUUUCCAAAGAAAAUAUAGUAUUACCCAAUCCCAUUGACAAUCCGAAGACUUCCUCUGAGGCUUGCCAUGUAGAAAUAGACACAUCUGACAGGUUAGUGUUGCCACAGUCUUCUGGUUUGGAAGCUGUAGGGAAUGAUUUAAGAGGUGAUUCUGGUGUUGGCAGUUUUGUAGAGGGAACUAUAUCUGAAGGUGCAGUCCUGUCCCAGUCAACCUUGGUCGAAGAGCAAAAUAGGGGCUCAGAUCCUUUGGAAGAGUCGAUGGAGAAGGAUGUGGCCAACAACUCUGGAUUCCAGGAGGAAGUAAAAGUUGAUGAAGUGGAAGCGGACUUUCUAAUGAAUUCUUCUAUUAGUGAGACUGUGCUUGUAAAACAUGACGUUGUUCAAGAAAAUAUGAAUUUGUCCUCUCAUCCAAUGACAAAGGAAGAAAACAUAGACGGAUCAAUUGCGAGAAGCCUAUCUGUCAGUAUUUCUCCAUCAGAUGGAUUGAAGGAUUCUAAACCUGAACUAAGUCAUAAAGAUAUAUCUCCGGUUGGUAAUUCUCAGAUUGGAUCUGAAGAUAAUUUGUUGAAUAGCUUUGAUUUAGUUUCAUCUCCUUCAGUGAGGAAGGAAGAAGGGGUCAGUUCUACCUCUGAUAUUGAUGGCCCUGAAGGUCAGUCAGUGUCUCUGAGGGUACCUGUUUCCUCUAAUGACUUGCUUGAUAAAUCAAAGGUUCAUCAAUUAAUAACUGUCCCAGAUGCUGUGGAGCCUUCAUUGUCUCAACUGAAAGAGGAAGAAAAGAUUGGGGUAUCAUCUGACAGUAAAUUAGUUGUGACGUCUGUAUCUGAAAAGGACAUCGAAAGAUCUGGUCUUUUGCCAGAAGAUCCAGCGUUGGAAAUCAAUAAAAUGUCAUCAGAUUCCCCAAUUAUUGUUACCGACUCUGCUGAGGCUCAAGUGUCUUUGGUAAAAGGAGAUUGUGCAGAAGUUAGAAUGAGUGAUCAAAUGGAUGUUUCUGAGGUUUCUGUGAAUGAUUCAGAAAGGCUUUCUUCCAAUGGCCAGAAUGAUCCUUCUUGUUUGCAGAUGGAGAGAGGUAAUACUAAUGUGUUAUCUGACAGGGGCCCUCUCUUCAGUUCAUUUGGUCCAGGCGAAAGAUAUCCUCUGAUUGAGAAUUAUAGGGAUGACAUUAUGGAACCUAUUGCAAAUCCGUUAUUGGAACAUAAAUCAGAAUGUUCGGAAUCUGAGAAGGCUGAGAUGAAUACAUCUGAUGUUGGCUGCGUUGAUCCAGAACUGAUGGCCAAAAGCACAGAUUUGCCUUCUUACUCGGUGGAGGAAGAUAAAGCUGAUAUUUCCUGCAAGAGCCCAUUGCCUGGUGCAGAACCAUUGACUGGAGAGAAUUGUGAAGAUGCUGAGGAACCAAAUCCUUCGGAAGCUGAGAUCGGUAAUCAAAUGGAUGCAUCUGAUGCCGGGGUUAAUACAGAACAACUUUCAUCAGGUGACGUUAUUGAGCCAUCAUCUUCCUUGAUAAUUGAGGACAAUAAGAUUGUUUUGUCAUCUGACAAGGAUCCACAUUUGACUGAAGAGGGGAGCUGUAAAGAUACCAGUGAGGGCCCAUCUACAAAUCCAGUACUGCUACAGAAAUUAAAUAAUAAUUCCGAAGCUGAGAUGUGUGAUCAAGGCAGUACACAGGUUGGUGGGACACUUGUUGAUGUAGUCAAAGCAUCAGAGGUGGAAAGAGAGGUGAAGACGUUGUCUGAUGAGGGUCCACAAGGAAUCAUCGAAACCCAGGUUGAAUCAAGAGGACUGGCUGACAGAGAGGUCAGGACAGAUAGUAAAAGCUGUGCUACUGAGAUCGAAAAUGUAUCUGAGGUCCCAAAUUCCUCAGUAUCGGUUGAACAGGUGGAUGGCUUAUCUAAUGAAGGUAUUGUUGGCAGCCAAGCAAAAAUGCAGGUGUCAGAAGAUUCUGAAGCUGUUACGGGUGCUGAGAUUGAUGUUAUUCCAGAUUGUUUGGAUCCCUCAGUAUCAAUUGAGAAGGUGGAUGGCUUAUCUAAUGAAGGUAUUGUUGGCAGCCAAGCAAGAAUGCAGGUUUCGGAAGAUUCUGAAGCUAUUGCGGGAGAUGGAAUUGAUGUUACUCCAGAUUGUUUGGAUCCCUCAGUAACAGUUGAGAAGGUGGAAGGGUUGUCUAAGGAAGGUUUACUUUGCAUCCAAGCAAAAGUGCAGGUAUUGGAAGAUUGUGAAGCUGUAACGGGAGAUGGGAUUGAUAUUACUCCAGGUUGUUUGGCUGUGCCAGAAAUUGUGACAAUUGUUGAGGAUUCAUCUAUCUGCUCUUCAGCAGUAGGGAGUGAAGAUGUGGACAACUCGUCUAAAGCAAACAUUGACACUAGAGAAUCUGAAGCAGAAGUUGACACUAGAGAAUCUGAAGCAGAAGUUGACACUAAAGAAUCGGAAGCAGAAGUUGACACUAAAGAAUCUGAAUCUGGUGUGUGUAACCAGGAAAAUCAAGUACCGCAAGAAAAGGCGUCAGAAUGCACGGAACAUGAGAAGGAUUUGGAUGGCAACACUUCAGCAAAACUUGACACCAAAGAAUCUGAAUCUGGUGAUUGUAACCAGGAAGAUGAAGAAAAAACAGUGAAAGACAUUGAGAAAUCCACGCCUGUAGCUGAGGGCUCCUCCUAGAAGUGUUGAGUGCCUGCUCUGAAAUACAGAAGGAAUAGAAAGAAAUAUGAAGUUGAGGAUGGAAGAAGCAUUGUCGGAUUGUAAAUGAAAAAGCACCUGGAAAAGGCUUUGGAUGAGAUGAAAGAGCCCAUGAAUCUGGAACCAACUAAUGAAACCUGCCCUUGUAUAUAUAUUAUAAUAUAAUAUAUAUAGGGAUUUUUUUGUACAUAUUUGUUGUAAUUUUCUUUACAUAUCCUGCUGCUGGAUAUCCUAUUACUUAAUCUUGUCGUAUGAUUAUAGGUCCUACAUCUGUCCAAUUGUUAGCUGUUUUUACCAUUGACGAUUGGUUGAAACGGUAUCCCAUUACCUCUACAUGAAUAGGAUAUUUCAUCUUUAAUCAUGAAACAGAGCAUAGUGAAAACUUUAUAAGAAAUGUUGUUUUAUUUUGAUUA